GCAAAUUACACGGAAAAGUAUAAACCUUAUGCAGCAAACUUUACGUGAUGAGGCGUUAUACAUCAACGUGCAUUUAUUGAAAAAUGUCGGUGAAGUAUACUCCCUCGCGUUUUACGAAGAAAAAUAGAAAUAUUCAAAUAAUAUUUUACUAAAAGAAUUGGUAAUUUCAUUGUGUUCACAUGACUUUAAUGCGAGGAAGCAAUUUUUUUUUAUUCAAAGGAAGCGCGUAUAUAAUGUGACACAGGAGAACUUAACAGGAAAUAAAACUUUUGAACUACCCCGAAAAAGAAAUAUAUUGUCUUGAGUGUUCUUUGUAAAAUGACAUGAAAUAAGAUUUGACAAGAAAGAUUGCUUGACGGGUUUCCGAUAUUCUCGAGAGGUUUUGGAAGCGAUGCAUAAAAUCAAAGAUGGACUUGAAAAUUUUACUUUGAAUGUAUUGUGAACUAUUGUCCUUAAAAGCUCACAGAGGUUUGCCGUGCUAAAUACACGUAUAUAUCCGUGUUGUUUUGGAAUAAAGUACACUCAGGUUAACAGAUAAACUGCAGCAAAAUGAGCUGGCAAAGCAAAGCACAACAGCGUCAAUAUAAGCUUGUUUUGAACGGAAAAGAUCUUAAAAAAAUAUCGACACAAUCUGAGAUUGUUUGGAAGGAUUCAAAGGAGCUUGGAAUGGCUAAAGCGACAACUCCUGAUGGAAGGUACACUUACGUUGUUGGACGUUAUCGUCCAGCGGGAAAUAUGAUGGGAAAUUUUGAAGGAAAUGUCUUUAAAAGCAAAUCAAAUGAUAAACCAACCUUUAUCAAGAAGGCUGCGGAAAAGGCCAGUGAGGAGGGUGGGGAAGAGGAAUCCUCCCGUGUUGUUGAGCGGACAUGGGGAAACCCAGGGCAACAGCAGACGCGUGUUAUCGUGAAAGAAACACGAACCACCACGCCAAGCGGUGGGGUAAAGACGGUUAAAAGUACCACAACUUGGACAACCUCAUCCAACGUGAAGCAGACAAAUCCGACGAGCGACGGAAUGGACGAUCCUUCACCUCGGUUCAAAUCAUUGAACAUCUCAGACCACGAAAAGCCGGCAAAACGUCAGGAACCUGCAAGCAAGAAGGCUGACCAACCAGCAGGAGUUUUCCAGCAGCAAGCUCUGAGCUUUCAUAACCAAUAUCGUCGCUUACAUCAAGCACCUGACCUCCGCUGGAGCAAUGAACUGGCACGAGACGCGCAAGCCUGGGCUCAGAAGAUUGCCAGUCAGAAUACAUUGCGUCAUUCGACCUCUCAAGAGAGAAAAGGAGAUGGCGAAAACCUGGCUUACUUUGGCGGAAAGUUUGACGAGGUGGGAAAAGACUCAGUGAACAUGUGGUAUGACGAAGAAAAGAAAUAUCAAUACAGAAAUCCUGGUUUUAAGAGUGGGACUGGCCAUUUUACACAGGUUGUGUGGAAAGGAUCGCAAGAGCUUGGUAUGGGUUGGGCCAAGUCUGCUGAUGGUCGCAGCGCGUUUAUUGUAGCCCGUUAUCGCCCAGCAGGCAAUAUGCAGGGCUCGUUUGAUCAGAAUGUUUCCCCUCCAAGGAAAUGAAACGGACGCAAUUUACUAACCACAAAAUAAAGACAUUAAUAACUUUUCGUAGCACAGCUUAAACAAUCAUAUAAACAUUGCUAGAAUGGGUCAAAGACACAGUGUAAAUGUAGGUAAAAUUCGUGGAAUUUACGCUACGGGAAUAAAUAAAUUAUGCACCCUUUAUGAUACAUAUGCGUAGAGAAUUUGUAAACGUUUUUAAACAUGUUAGAAGUUUAAUCGUAAACCUUUUAUCUUAAACGAUUACUCGACGAAUUCCAUACGGUUUUAAUUGAGUUACUGUUUCUUUACUUGAUUAUAAAUUUGUAAAGUGUAUUUUUCGAUUAUUGUAGAUAGGCCAUAGUUUGUUUGCAAAGGUGAUAUUAAAUAUCAUUGAAUUCCAGGAUUUGAUUGCAAACAAUCUAUAUAAAUCUAUACAUCAAAUCUCAUUAAGUGCAUGCAAUCUUAUAUUUUUUUUGCCUUAAUAUAUAUUGGUAUCACAGUAAGACAACUCUAAUUUAUUGUAGUAGUAUUUAAUA